AUCCAUCCAUCCAUCCAUCCUUUGCCACCAUCACCGUCUUUGGCAGUCGCAAUUGUCGAUUGACCACCGCAGCGCCUCCCUCUCGCUCGCCGCUGUUGAUCCGUCGGGAGCGCUCCUCCCAGCCCCCUGAGCUCCUUGCCACAGCAACAGUCACAGAGAGCCUCAGCCAGCUCAGACUCCGCAACAUUCCCGGUACCUUUCUACCGACCUCCGACUUCCCAGCGCCAUCCUCACCACCACCGAGCAAGCCGCCUCCGCCUCCGCCUCCCCCCAAGACGACCGAAUUCGUCAUGGCCGAAUCAGGGUCGCCGAUUGGUAUUGCCAAUCUUCCCAACCAGCGCCACAAGAUCGUGGCCAAGCGUGGUGCCGCCUUCACCAUCAUGGUCGCAGGCGAGUCAGGACUGGGCAAGACAACCUUCAUCAACACGCUGUUCAGCACGACCAUCAAGAACUACGCCGACCACCGCCGCCGUCACGCCAAGCAGAUUGACAAGACGGUCGAGAUCGAGAUCACCAAGGCCGAGCUGGAGGAGAAGUUCUUCAAGGUCCGCUUGACCGUCAUCGAUACUCCUGGCUUUGGCGACUAUGUGAACAACCGCGACAGCUGGCAGCCAAUUAUAGAAUUUUUGGACGACCAGCACGAGAGCUACAUGCUUCAAGAGCAGCAGCCAAAGCGACAGGACAAGAUUGACCUGAGAGUGCACGCUUGCCUGUACUUCAUCCGUCCAACUGGCCACACUCUCAAGCCAUUGGACAUUGAGGUUAUGAAGCGUCUCUGCACACGUGUCAACCUGAUCCCAGUCGUUGCAAAGGCCGACACUCUUUCGCCCCAAGAUUUGGCUAGAUUCAAGCACAGAAUUCGAAAUGUCAUUGAGGCUCAGGGCAUCAAGAUCUACCAACCACCGCUUGAGGAGGAUGAUGAGGCCGGUCUCCAGCACGCUCGCAGCUUGAUCGCCGCUAUGCCAUUCUCUGUGAUAGGAUCGGAGCGGGAUGUUAGCACUCCAGAUGGCCGCACCGUCAAGGGUCGUCAAUACGCCUGGGGUGUCGCUGAGGUUGAGAACGAGGAGCACUGCGAUUUCAAGAAGCUUCGCGCCAUUCUCAUCCGCACACACAUGCUUGACCUGAUCCACACCACCGAAGAGAAUCAUUACGAGGCGUACCGCGCACAGCAAAUGGAGACGAGAAAGUUCGGCGAGGCACGGCCACGAAAGUUGGACAACCCCAAGUUCAAGGAGGAGGAAGAACAACUCCGCAAGCGCUUCACGGAACAGGUCAAGGUCGAAGAGCAGAGAUUUAGGCAAUGGGAGCAGAAGCUCAUUGCUGAGAGAGACCGCCUGAACAAGGAUCUCGAGCAGAGCCAUGCCGUCAUCAAGCAGCUUGAAGCUGAAGUCGAGGGUCUGCAGGGAAGCAUGUCCAGGACCGGCAGACGCUAAGCGACAAAUCCAGAACUUAGAAUGCGACAAUCGAUCAGGAAUCACCAACUAGGCUACGGCAGAACAGUUGCGACCGCCAAGCAGAAGUCACAUGCGCUGCGCAUUCCCUCGCAGCAAGCAUCGGACGGAGUGGAAGAGCGUGGAUAGGAAUGUUUUGGUGCGAGCCUGCAAAGAUACCUCAAUACUGCUUUUCAUUGUGUUUAUUCGGACUGGAGCAAGCGCUGGUGUUGUGGCAAAUGCUGGCAUUGAGUGCCGAGCAUUGCUAGCGCCGCUGGGGAUCAAAAGGAUACUCUAUUAGCUGUAUCUCAGUAUCUAAUUCAAGUGAGCAUAAUUAUAGCCCGUGGCAUGUUAUUCGA